AUGCAAGUGACUGUUGGCACAGUUUCUGCAAAGAAGGCAGCUGUUGUGUGGAUAAUGGGAGAACAACUGUUGAACAGCAGCAUCCUUGAUCAAUUCAUUAAUAGCCAUGAGUAGUCUUAUGAAGAGUUUCUAAACACAUUCACCAAUCUUAUAAAAGAGGAAGAGAGGAAGACAAUUCAUGGAAGUAAAGUUGACUCAUUGAGGAAAGUAUUUUAUACUUCUGAAUUACCAAACAGAAAUAAAUGGGAUGGCUCACGUGGAAGAAGCAAGAAAAUUGGGGUGUCUCUUCUAACACAGCUGCCAAGUGAGAAUAAGGUAGACAGGGCCGUAUAUUUGGAAGAUACUGAAGAUGAAGAGAUGUGCAGUGGGUCAUUACUUCUCCCAGGAGAGGUGGAACAGACAGUGACUUAUUGUGCACCCUUUUUUAAUAAACCCUUGCAACUGAAAUCCAGGACCUUGUCAGUUCCCCAGCCAUCUGUCGGAGACUCCAUGUCAUAG